GAAGACACCGGAAUCAGUUCUGAGAACUCCUUCGCCACUGGAGACCAACACACCAAAUGUCAUGAGUUAUGAUGGAUGUCGCAUGCCGUCCAACGAAAUCAGGGCUACCUCAGAUGGAGGAUCGAUGUGUUUCUGGCCCAACACUGAAUGCCAGUCCAUGAUUAAUACCGUGGAAGAUCCAUCAGUUAGUGUGCCAAAUAAUUUGUCCCAUAACAUGUUGCCACCAAACACUUCCCGCCCUGACGCUUUGAGGCUGGUAUCACAAUCAACCCAGGCGGUCGUGCAAGUACCAUUUACACAGACUGGACCAACCACGAACCAAGGACGAUCAUUAGACCAACAGUCGCUAGACGCAUCCGGUGUUCCGGGAAUGUUCACAUGUGAUUGCCAAGUAGUUCCGUCGGAACACAUAAAUUACAGAGCAGCGCAUACAGAUACGACAUCAACGAUGGGAGCCUUAGCACACGCGAUUUUUUUGGACCAGAAGAAAGAAAAAGGAACUUUUGCUACCGUUGAGCUGUGUCAUCAUACUAACAGCCUAGGUGUAAUAGAAGACAAUUUACUAGUAGAGUAUCCCACAGAAUUCCAGUCGAUUGAGAGUCACUCGUAUUAUCCUUCUACGAGUACCAUUCCCAUUUUAGAUGAAAAAUCCUGGAUGAUGGAUGAUCCCAUGCAUACACCAAAGUUUGCCGUAAAACCUUGCAGAACUCCAUCAAAUGAAAUCAGUCUGGGUGCAACCAAUAAAAUAUGUCAGGGGAAUUUACAGCGAUAUGGGCCAAGGAAGAGUGUGUUCAGAAGCACUAAUAUCCAGCAUGAAGGUAACCCCGUCAGUUGUCGGAUCCCGAUAAAAAGUAAAAAACUAUAUAACCUCGAUCAACCCUCAUCCCCAGCCUCCGUCUACGGCAGUUGGUGCAACCAACAACGUAUCCUUCGAGGUGAAGUCGACCCUUAUGCUAAUAACAAUCUCUCAGUGAACAGUACGGAAACAAUUUCAUCUCCUGCAGUAAGUCGAAAAGGAUUUCUAAAUGCGGAAAGAAGUCCACCUUCUCUAACAAGUGCCACAGAAUUACUUCACGCAAGUACGUCAGUUUAUCAUUGUCAUAAGAAGGAGAAAAUGCCUGAGAACAAACCCCCAUCCGCUUCCAUGUCGGUUUUAACCCAGACACAAAAGGAAUCAUCGUAUCAAUUACCUGCUGCACCCGAUGGCAUUGUGCAGUCAGACGAAUGUCAACGUUACACAUUUUCAGACUUUUCCUCAAGUAGUAGCUCCCCAGCAACCGUUUACGAUAACUUUGUUGACAGAACAUGGCACUCCGACCUCGCAUUUUCAAGCGCAAUGGAACCUAUGGGACGCCAACGCUUGACUUCUCCAAAUUCGUUACGUACAAAGCGAUUGUCUUCUCGACCUCUGUCUAGAUCUGGCCCCAUGGUAAUGAUCCACAAAUGUACCUAUUCCGGCUGCGAAAAGAGCUACUCUAAGAGCUCCCAUCUGAAGGCUCAUGUCCGAACCCACACAGGGGAGAAGCCCUACGCGUGUUUGUGGGGAAAUUGUGGAUGGCGAUUUGCCCGUUCUGAUGAAUUGACAAGACACAUGCGGAAACAUACAGGAAUCAGACCAUUUCAGUGUUCUGUGUGUUGCAGAGCAUUUGCUAGAAGUGAUCAUCUGGCUUUGCAUGUCAAAAAGCACACGUGUGUCUGAAGUAGUAAGAUUACCAGCGGAUGAGAACACAGUUGUAUUUAUACAGGUAAACAUGCACGCCCCAAGAAGCUUUUUACCCACAGGCAUUGGAAUCGUCAUGUUUAUGCAUAAUUGACUUGUUUUUAAGUCGCUGAAAUAUUUUCACUCUUUUCCUUACUAAUCCAUUACAUCAUCGGAUUUCAAAAGUAGAUCCCUCUUGAACCGGUGAAAUUCUGUGUGUGCGAUGUACAAAAGUCAAUAAGUUUGAAGACUGUGUAAGUCGCACUAUUUUAUAUGAAGAUAAAUGGUUAUUAUUAACGA